GGGUCAUGCGCAGUUGAAUUCAGUGACGUUUUAUAAAGCAAUUGCACCUGUAUCAUUUACAGUAAUAACAUAUAUCUAUACACAUGCCCAGUCUAUGUGCAAUAAAAAAAAAUACUGUCAUUCUCAUUAGCGUAUGGACGUUAGUAAAAAAAUCACUAGGAUGAGUAGUGUGUGAAUUCAUCAAGGACAAAAGUAAUUACCAAUUUAUUUACCAUUAACUAAACCAGCCAUUGAUAAUCAGAGCUGUCAAAAUAAAUAAAACUCCAAUACUAUCUUCUAAUAUAUUACUCAUUUAAAAUUACUAACAAAAAAAUAAAACAAAGAAAACAGAUAUAUACAUUAUAAAUUAAAUAUAUAUUAUUUUUUUAAGUGAAUAAUAAUUAUUACGUCAUCUAGUGGUGAAAACUUCCUGCUUUCCAUAACCUAUCGACUUCCUCAACUACUCAUUAAUGUUUUAGCUGUAGGAGGAUAAAAAUGUAAAUAUAAUAUUGUCAUGAGUGGUCCAGACCUUCGAGAGCACUCAUACGUGAAAGUGCUGUAUGACUUUCAAUAUAAAACAACAGAAGGUCGAGAGAUAGCCAUAAAAAAGAAUGAAAGAUUGUAUUUGUUACAAAAAACAAAUGCUGAUUGGUGGCAAGUCGUCAGGACCUGGGAGCAGACAUCUUUUUACGUACCUGCUACGUACGUCAGAGAGAUGUCAAAGAGUGGCGGUAACCAGAAAAAGACAUCUGACGAGGAUAAAGAUGUAGCAUUUGAGUCAUUAGAUGGCCCAAAGUACAAGAACAUGCCCAAGGAGACAUCCAGUGCGAUGAAGAACGUCAAAAAGUGGCUGGCUGGAGCUAUGGACAGCAAGCAGGAGUCUCCAGCUUCUUCAACUACCGCUUCCUCGUCAUCUCUGUCCAAGUCUCUCUACAUUACAGAUGAAUCUCAUAAACACAAUGCUAUGGAUUACCAGUCACGCGCGGAAUUAAAAGUCGGCUUAGCCGCUAUAAAAGCAAAAUCUUUGGAGCGAGAUCGCGAAAGAAGAUCCACGUACGAGAGACAGAAAUCAGAGCAGCCUGUUGAAAUAACUAAAUUCAAAAAACGACCCAAUGAAACGCCAAAAAAAUUGCCCAACACAAUGGGCAUCAAAGAUAUUGAUUUAGACUUGCUAUCUUCUCCUUCUUCGUCUUACAAGCUUACCAAGAGUUUUUCCACGAGCCCAAAGUCGUUUGACGCGCCUGCAGCAAGAAUAGAAAUACCGCUGCCUGACCCUUUCAGACAGGAAUUGAAGAGCAGCUUAGAUCGUCGGCGCAAGAUAUCUGACAAUGCCGAUUACGAUAAACUCGUUCAAGAAAACCGUAAUCAUGAAUUGAAUCGACAGUCGAGAAUAAGAACUAAAUCCUCCCAUUCAGACGACUCUCAAUUGGAAAGCGAUAAUGAUGAAAGAUUUUUAUCGCGAGUCGAUGAGAAUCCCAAGAGACUAGACAAGCCAGAGUCCAAGCUCAGUGUCUCGCUGAGAGAAGACUCAGGUACUCAAAGCGGUCGUCAAAGUCCCAGUGUAUCCAAUAGAAACAGCAGGAGUUUAGAUUUAGAUUCAAAACAAUCUUCUCUUCGCACUGAGAGGAGUUUAAGCCCGAAACCAAAUUACGGAAGACAAUUAACUGUCGCUGGACAGAUUGCUGAUGAAGGAGAUUCUAAUAAUGCAAGCAGUGAUUGCAAAAUUCUUAAUGACAAGCGUCGCACUUGGGCCGUCGAAGAAUUGAUGUCUGAGUUGACGCAGAUGUGUCGUGAGAGAGUAAAUAAUAAAAAGCCACCAAACUUUCAGCUGAAGAGCACGGAAAUAAAAGGAAACUUUGAUCCGUUGGAUGAACUCACUCGGGAGCUACAUGAGAUGAAUUUACAAAGAUCUGAGGGAAGUACUCCGCAAGGAGAGACACGGGGUGAAUUUAAAUCCAAUGAUGGCUCGCCCAGCAAUGUUUGCAAGAUAUCGAUAAACUCUACAAGUGGGAGUAGAACACAUGAUUUAAAUUCAAUAAAUACAACAGUUGUGAUUGGGAGAGACGACGAUGAACUUGAGGAUAUUACUGAGCACUCAAAUAUAUCCGAAGCUUCUGAUUUGUCGGAUACUUCUUUAGCGUUCCGUUAUCCGAAAGUCGAAAAGUCAACGUUUACUUUUCGCACUGGUGAAGUAUUACCGCAAUCUAAACCACUAAAGUCACCGAAGUCACCGAAAAUAGACGAGUACAACGAGGCUAACAUAUUGAACGACUGCUCACCGGAUGAUAAAUUUGAUAAUCGAUCAUUAUCACUUGAUAAGCAAUCGCAUUAUCUUAAGAGCGCGACAAUUACAACAACAACGACAGCGAAUAAUGAUACGAGUCACUCAAGUCCGGACAAUGAUCACGAGUCAUCGGGUUACUCUAACUUUAAAAUGCGUCACACGGGUAAAGUUAAAAUGCGUCCUAAAGCAAAAGUUAAAUCUGAUGUUGGUGAAACGCAAGGAGAAUUAAAAUUAACACCGUCGUUGGAAAAACUUGCCAGUGAAAUUCAAUUUUUGCCGGCUAAAAAAGCAACUGUUGUUAAUCAUCACACCAGCAAUCACAAUCAUAAUCAUAGUCAUAGUGAUAGUCAUAGUCAUAAUCAUAAUCAUAAUAGUAAUAAUAAAAUAUAUAAAAAUACGUCGUCGUUAAACGAAAGUAUGAGUGACGGUGACGCGUAUGACGACAGUGGUAUCCACGACGAAACGUAUAGAUCUGAAGAUUCUGGGAGUGGCAGGCGUAAUAUUAUUUACAGUAAUAGCUUCAAAACAAAGCGUGAAGGCAGGUAUUUUCAUCGCCAUGAAUUUACUGAUGAUGAUGAUGAUGAUGAGGAUGAUGAUGAUAAUGACGACGAUGAUGAGGACGAUGACGGGAUAAUUAGUGCUGCUAGAAAGUGCAAUUUAAAGAAGAGCUCGACGCUCCAUUGUGCUACAAUACCUGAAAACUAUCGCCGGUUCAGAAUUAGCAACGACUUUGCCGCUAUUCUGGCGAGAUCCAAGAGAAGAAGCAGGAGUUUGAGUGACUUGAAUUCUUUUGAAGAUGAAGAAGAUAUCAUGGAAGAAAAUGUUACUUAUCCCCAGAAUUCACCCAAGAUAAAACCGGUGCCUCUCCCGAGGACCAAGAUCCCGGCGAUAAAAUCCGAGGAUGAGUUUUCAACGAGGCUGGAAGACAAGCGGGAAGAAAUGGGGACUGUUGCGCCGCUGCCCAGGAAAAUUACUACCAAGAAAGACUACCCGGAGGUUUGGGUGAACUCGAAGCAAGUUUCAGGGUACAGAGGCCAGACACCGGAGGUUGAUAUCGAGUCCAGCACUGCCGUGGGCUUCAAGAGCUUGCUUUGCACUUCUGAUAGUGGCUCGGAUAACUGCCUUCAAUCAAAAGAACUCGUAAACAACGAUUCCAACGAACGUCAUGAUAGUUAUAAUUAUAGCAGUAAUUUUAAGAACCGGGGACUGGAAAAAUCGAGCUCUGGGGCAAACUUGAGGAAAGAUGGAGCUAAAGUUAGAGAAAGUCCGUCAGAUGAACAAAUUCUUAGCUCCAAUGCUAGUUCUGAAGCUCUUCAGAGUCAGUCGGAGUCUGAAUUUACCGGUGGGUUGGACGCUUCUUCGCAACCGAGUCCUGUGAGUACCAAGGUGGCCCCAGAGUGCUACGAGUGUGCAAUUGAUUUGCCGCCUGGUUGGACACAAAAGUAUGAUCCUCAUACUGAUCAAAUUUGCUUCAUCAAUGAACAGGGUGAUAAGUGGUUUUCUUCAAACGACGAUGAAGGCAAGAUAUACUUUUUCGAGGAGAACAGCAAUGAAUCUUCAUGGGUACUACCAACAGUCACGGCUAGCAAAUCUCAAAGCAACGCACCUGCUCAUAAAGAAGAAAAGCCGAUGGAAGAGGAUAGUAACGCAACAAAUGAAUUUUCUCAACCAGAAAAUCCUCAAGCUGGUGCACCUUACACCAAUCAAAACUCGAGUAAUAAUGACGCGGUGUCAGUAUCUGGGUCAAAAAAGCCGGGACUGAGCGACUGGCCUCAGCUGUCAUUCGACGGGAAUAUGAUAAUUCUCAAAGAGGGCUCUAUAAGUCGCACCAAGAUCACGGAAAACGGAAAAAAACUACGCAAGAACUGGAGUACUUCCUACGCCGUGCUUACGGAAUUAUUUUUGCUUUUUUUCAAAGACUCGAAAACAUUUAAUACGAUGAUGAAGAGCGGUCAGUCGCCUAUAGCCAAGCCCGACAUAUCGGUUGAUCUGAAUGGGGCGAUUAUUGAGCCCGGCGAGCGAGCUAGUAGCAGAAAAAAUGUUUACAUGAUUAGUACCGUACUUGGUCUUCAAGUACUUAUUCAAAGUGAUAACACAGCACUCGCUGCUGAAUGGUUUCAAGAGAUACAUGGAGCCAUACGAAAACUGCCAUUCAGCUUCAAAUCUCAAGCAAAGCCUUUUGCUGGACCACCGGAAGUACGUAAGAUCAGUAAUAGUAAAUUAUCGACUGAUCAAUCUGAAGAGUCAAAGAAGUCAUCCAAGGUCGCAAGAUCUCGAUCUAUGAAAACGGGCUUUGGUGACGCGGUAAAAAGACUUGAUGACUCGCUUGAAGAUCUGAGCGGAACUGUUGCUGAAAGACAGACUAAAAUAAAGGCUAAAUUACGUCGAUUUUUCCAACGACGUCCUCCCGUUGAAUCUUUAGUUAAAAAUGGAAUUUACAAAAAUGAACCGGCGUUUGGCUCUUAUUUAAAAGACGUAUGUCCAACGGAGCAUCCACGAGUGCCCCUGUUCGUUAAAACAUGUAUCGAAGUGCUAGAAAGUAAUGAAGAAAACAUGAAGACUGACGGUUUGUAUCGAGCCAGUGGGAAUUUGAGUCAAAUCCAAAAAAUACGGCUGCAAGUUGACCAGUACAAUCUCAGCGUUUUAUCUCAAGAGGAAGACGUUCAUGUGUUGACUGGUGCAUUAAAAUUAUUCUUCCGCGAGCUUAAGGAGCCGUUGAUACCAUCGAGUUUUUUCAAGGAAGCACUUAAUGCCAGUAUGCUGAAGAAAACCUCCGCAAAGAUACAAUGCUUCCGCGACAUUGUUAAAGCAUUACCGCCGGCAAAUUAUGACACGCUGCAGUUUUUACUGAAGCAUCUUUUAAAGGUAACUUCUUACCAAGAGUUCAAUCGUAUGCAUAUACCAAAUUUGGCGAUAGUAUUUGGUCCAACGUUGAUGUGGCCAGCUGAAGAAAGCGCAAAUAUGGCUUUAGAUCUUAUGCAACAAAAUUUAGUUAUCGAAUGCCUUUUGUCUGAGUACAAUAAGAUUUUCAAAUAGAUUAUAUAUUAUUUAUUUUUUAAUUAAAAUAUUAAUUAAUCAUUUACAAGUUAUAUUAAUUAAUUAAUUAUUAAAAGAUAAAAUAAUAGAGGGUGAAUUAUAACAUGAAAGUAACAGCCACCCUUUUAAUUUUUUGAAUCAUUCCGACGAAUUUAGUGCAUUAAAAGGUAUCAAUUUAUCAUAAUAUGUAUUUUUUGAAAAAUAAUUAUUUUAAGGUAGCAAAGAAGAAAUUAUAAAAAAAAUAUUAUUGCGUUUAAAUAUUAAACUUGCGAUUGUUUAAAUAAAAAUGCCAUUAUCAGAUUGCAAAGUAUUUUUCUUCGUUGGUAAAAAGUUUAACUUUAUGCACAAAUCAUGUUAUUAUUAUUAAUAUUAUAUAAAAAUAAUUUUUUUAAUUAUACAAAAAUAAAUAAUAUAUAUUAUAUACGUACAGCUGGGCAAUGCAUGAGCUCGGUUGAAAUUAUUAAACGUUAAAAAGUAAAUAACUAAAAUGUGAUUGUAUUUAUGUAAAUAACCUGGAGAAAAAAAUAAUAUUUGUUGAGACAAAUUUAGGCAGCAGGAAACAGCCGGUUUAUAAAUCGUAACAUCACUCCAUUAGGACUGUUUAUCAAUUUAAGUAUUAAUCUAUUAAUUAAUUAUUCAUUAUCAUUAUUAACGAACAAAUCAAUGCCUCUUACAACAUUCCCUAUGAAAUGACUGUGACGAUAAUUCGUAAUUUCCAUAAUAUUAUUGAUAAAGUAACGCCAGUCAAAUCUAGUGGUUUAAUAUAUUAAAAAAUAAUUUUUUUUAUUUUUAAUCGAUCAAUCAACAAUUUAUUAUUCAUCACUUUCAAUUACAAGCUACUGAUAUUUUGCAUGGUACCAUAAUUAUAGUGUUCUAUUUCCCUUAAAAUAGAAAUAAAUAGAUAAUCAUAUAGCAUAAUUAUUAUAUAGAUAUACAUCACAAUUAUUU